AUGGAUUUCAUUGCUUACUCAUCAUGUGUUCUUCUUGAACUUAGAGUUGUUUUUCUUGAUAGUUUCAUCUGUCUUCUUUGGAAAAGUUCUAUCUUUCUUGACUUUAAUUCUUUUUACAAUUGCUUUUGUAAGCAAUCUACUUUUUCAGCUAAUUAUGUUAAGCCUUAUCCUUCAAAGCUUUUUUCUAAAAGUUAUGACAGAGUGUUUAAUAUUUUGGAUAAUUCCAUUAUUGGUUAUUCCAAGAAUUAUUUUCUUUUUCUUGAAAAGAAUAUAACUUCUCUUGAAGAUUUUAUCUUCUUUCUUUUUGAGAAGUGUCCUUAUCCUGAAAAGUUUUCUUCAAUUUUUCAUUAUUAUUUUUUGACUCAUAAUCAACAUUUUUGGCAUUAUGAUUUCUUUGGUUCUAAUUUCCAUAAUAAUAAGUAUACUAUGUAUUAUACUUCUCUUCAACUUCUAUGUGAGAAUCUUUCAUCAAUUUUUGUUGAUUUGUCUCUUAAAGAUGAUAAGCCCAUUUUAUCUGGAAUUAAUUGUUAUGAUGCUCUUGAUCUUUUUCAAGAUUUUUUUGAAAAUUCUGAUCAAGGAUAUGAUUCUGGUCAAGAAAUCUAUUCUGACCAAGGGUGUAUUUAUAUUGAUUAUUAUUCUCAUAAUUCUAAUGAGAGUAUUGAUAAUGAUGAUUAUUAUAACUAUUCAGAUUAA